AUGUUGUCCCUCCCAAUCGAGCUCCAAAUACGUGUCCUACUGAACCUGGAUGACAACGAUACCCUGGCAUGCCGGCAGGUCUGCAAGGAUUUCCUCAAGAUGAUCGAAGAUGCCUCAGUGCAGUACAAGGUCGAGCUUGCCUGCGCGGGCAUGGUCGACGGUGGUCGCUACGGUCCUCCCCCUACCGAUCGCUCGCGGUUGUUGAAGGUGUAUCAGGAUUCAGAGAGCCAGCAGAGAUGCUGA